AUGUUCACGGUGCCAGCUCAAUCCAGCAUACAUACUCCAGGAUAUGGAAUCUGCUGUGAGAUGCUCGACUGUCAGAGGAGCCUGUCAGCAGCCGCAUGCUGUAUUCAUUUCUUCCCCUCUGCUUCAGUUCCAGUGAUAAAGAAGACUUGGGAAAAGGAUGCUUUAUUUUUAGAGUACUACAGUGACCAGGCUGAUCCUUCCAUACCAACCAUUAAUUUAGGAGUGCCAAACACUGAAAGAGGUCACUGCGGGAAAACAUUUGCUAUCCUUCAAAGGUUUUUAAGCAGCGCUGUCCCGAACACAAAGUGGCUUCUUGUUGUGGAUGAUGACACACUCAUCAGCCUCCCCAGACUGCAAAUCUUGCUGAGCUGUUACGACCCCUCUGAGCCUGUGUGUCUUGGAGAAAGAUACGGCUACGGCUUGAGCCAAGGGGGCUACAGUUACAUCACAGGAGGUGGAGGAAUGGUGUUCAGCAGAGAGGCUGUGGCCCGACUUCUUAACAGUGGCUGCAAGUGCUACAGCAAUGAUGCGCCGGAUGACAUGGUGCUGGGAAUGUGCCUCAAUGCUCUCGGGCUUCCCGUCACACACAGCUCUCUCUUCCACCAGGCACGCCCAGAGGACUAUGCCAGGGACCUCUUAGCUCACCAGGUGCCUGUCUCCUUCCACAAACACUGGAACAUUGACCCUAUUGCUGUUUUCAACAAGUGGCUGAAGGAUGAUUUGACAGCAAGCACUACAGAUCAACCCAAAAAGAGUGCCAAGACAGAGUUAUGA